CUUUUUUGAAAUUUCUGUAGUUUGCAAAAUAUUAGUGAUUUUUUCCUGUAGGAGAUAGGCAUUUCCAGAGAUGCAGUCUCCAAUUGCAAGUAAGUCCUAAUCCAUGGUUACGGCCAUUAUAUGUAGAUCUAAUACUGGUUAAUUUAAUUACUGAUUUUGUACAUUUUUCUCGUUUUAUUUGGUUUCCUAGUAUUCGAAAUGAAAGACACCAUUUCAAUCUGUCGCGUCGUCUGAUGCUGUCGCGACCUGAUGCCGCCGCUGAAUCUGUCAAUUUCCUUGAUAUAAUGAGUAAUAACGGAUUGAACGUCAUAAUCGCAACUCUCGGCCCGAUUCGAAGAAUGAGAUACGAUAACGGUAAGUUCUGGUUUAGAUAAGUUCCCAUCUAGAUAUCGUUUGUAUGUCGUAUAAUUGACAGAAGCAGUUCGAUUCGGGCAACCAUUGGGAUUACAGCGGAAUCGAAAUAAACGUCAAUUUUGACUUGUUGUUUAGUUAUCGAUCUUUUAAAGAUCUUAAACGUCUUAAUCAUUCUUCGAAUCGGGCUGUCUGAUGCUGCGGCGUUUAUCAAGGAAAUGUCGCAACAGUCAAGCAAGUGUAGUUGACAUCCUGAGAAUGUAAACUUUAUUCUGUCAUAUGCCUGAACAACUACGAGUAAUAAGAGACUCAACUAUUAUUUGAAAAUGGAAUUCAUUGCAACUUAACGUUUAUCUAAAUAUGAAAUUUCACAAUCGAAUCGGGAUGCGACCGAGAGGUCCCGAAGGCGUCCGGGGGUGCCCGAAUCCCUCACCUUUGGACACCAACGGCCAAUGCCGAAUCAGUGCCUGCUCGCAGCGCGUGGCGAGUGGACGUGUGACGCGCGUUCGCGGGGUCCACCUGCUCGCGUUUGCUAAUGAACAUAAAUGAAAAAUUGUGCUCUGUGAAACAAUUAGUCACACUGAUUUGUGAUGUUUAAUUGAAUUUUGAAAUGGAGUUAACUUGAUUUAUGGAGGUAGGCGCAACUGUCGCGCGCAAAACUAAUAAUGGUUCAAGUGUGGACUGUGCAGUGAAGUGAUUGCUUAAAGCAUAAUGUAAGAUCGUUGACUAUGUGUUCGGUAAAGUGGCUGCAGCUGCUGGUGAUGCUGGCGGCCUGCUGGGCCCAGGAAGGGGAGUGGAGUGAGGAUGCCGAAGACUUGGUAUCCACGGUGGAUGUGGACGCGGUGCUUGGCCGUACGGCGUCACUACCGUGCGACGUCGCACCGGACGCCGCCGAGGACCGAGUGUACAUGGUGCUCUGGUUCCGAGCCGGCAAGGCGACCGGCGGGAAACCUAUAUACAGUUUCGACGUCCGCGGCCGCUCCUUCAACAAGGCGCUGCAAUGGUCCGACCCGAACGCGUUCGGUCCCCGCGCAUAUUUCGCGACGGUGGCGCGCCCGGCGGCGCUCACGCUCGACACCGUACAGCUGGACGAUGAAGGCAUCUACCGCUGCCGCGUCGACUUCAAGAACUCUCCAACAAGAAACUUCCAGAUACGGCUGUCUGUUAUCGUGCCGCCUCACCAGCUGAUUUUGUACGACAAAUCGGGCCGGGACGUGUCGGGCGUCGUCGGACCCUUGGAGGAGGGCAAUGAACUCGUCCUGGUCUGCGAAGUACGAGGAGGCCGUCCAGCUCCAACAGUCCUCUGGCUCAUUGAUGGGGCGCCAGCGCCUCAAUACAUCGGCGAGAAGACCGACACACACGUCGUGGUCAAUCGACUGGAACUACCACAUAUUAAACGCAGUCACCUCAAUACGACGUUCAAGUGUCGAGCGUCGAACACUAACCUAGUCAGUCCGAAGGAAAGGACUGUUAGGCUUGAGAUGAACCUAAAGCCCAUCCGCGUAGAGAUACAGAACAAGCAGGUCACGCUGUCUUCAGAGCGGUACGUGAGUCUGAAAUGCGUGUCGGAAGGCAGCCGGCCCGCGGCGCAGCUCACCUGGUUUAAGGACAAUAGGAAGUUUACGAGAGGCAAUAAAGUAGAAGCCCAAAACGAGACGUGGGUGAGCAGCACGAUAGAGUUCAUGCCGCUGCCCGAAGAUGACGGGUCGCAGCUCAAGUGCCAGGCGGACAACAGCGCGUUGCCGGGGCAGAGUAUAGAGGACUCGUUCAAACUAGACGUCGUAUAUCCUCCCGUGGUGUCGCUGUCGCUCGGCAGCACGCUCAACCCCCUAGACAUCAAGGAGGGCGAUGACGUCUACUUUGAGUGCUCCGUCCGCGCCAACCCGAGGGAGCAUAGGAUAUCCUGGUAUCAUAAUGACAAGCCAGUGGUCCACAACCUAACGUCAGGCGUGAUCGUGAGCACCAAAUCUCUGGUCCUGCAGAAGGUGACGCGUGACCACGGCGGUGAUUACAACUGCCGUGCCGCCAACUCGCUCGGCGAGACGCCCAGCCAGCCCACGCAUCUUAGCAUACAAUAUGCCCCAGUAUGCGCCCAUCCGUCGCCUCAAGUACUAGGAGCGCAGAUGGACGAAGCGUUGCGAGUGCGGUGUUCGGUCACCGCGAACCCGCCCGAUGUCACCUUCUUCUGGCAGUUCAACAACAGCGGCGAGAGCCUCGACGUGUCGCCUACCAAGUUUGGCACAGCCAACGGCAGCACGAGCGAGCUAAGCUACAAGCCGCAGAGUGAACGCGACUACGGCACGCUAAGCUGCCGCGGCACCAACAGCGUUGGCAAACAGAUUCACGCAUGUGUCUUCCAAAUUGUUCCCGCUGCGCGUCCCAGCGCGCCGCGCAACUGUUCACUGCAAACGGGCAACAACAGCGCCGACGGCGGCUGGCUGCGCGUACGCUGCGUUGCCGGCUAUGAUGGCGGGCUACCACAAACUUUCCUAUUGGAGGCCUUGGAUCCGCUCAGUGGGAGGGCCCGCUUCAAUACUAGCGUUAAUGAUACAGAUGGGCUGGUGACAUUCAAGCUGGACCUAUCACAAUUGUCUCCCGGCGGUGAGAUGGAAGGUGCCACCUUCAACCUGCUCAUCUUCGCGAGGAACCUCAAGGGGGAGUCAGAGAAGACCUUGCUAGAGAAUAUCGCGUUCAACGAUGCGGCCCGGAGGACUGAUGGCAAAAGCGCGAUGGGUGGUAUCACCCUCGGCGUUGUCGUCGCCGCCGCGCUCGGCGCCGCACUAGCCAUCGGCGGGAUAGCCUUAGCAGCGCUCUGUGCACGGCGGCGGCGCGCCCGACCGCCACACAAGCACCCUCCGGGUGACAUGCUGGAGUUGAGCGACGGCGGCCGGCGGUACGUGGUGGCGUACACCAUCAAACCGUCGCCCGAUCUGAAGACGCCGGAGCCACAGCCCGACAUAUUGAAUGCACCAGAUGAGAUCUUUUUUCUAGAUUGUGAAAACCAAAACGCCCCACCGACUGCGGAAGCCGAUGAGUGGCCUAGCAUGAAAGAAGUCCGAGGAGAAUGGACCAAAGUGGGUGCAGUAUUUUCAGCAGAAGACUUAGCCCUUCUUGACAGCGCUGGACAUCCACAGCAGCUUACACCCGGCAGCGACAUGGUGCCGAGCAGUAGACAAGAAGACGUUCUAAACCAGAACCUAGCUCAAUCGGCGUUAGCUAAUAAUUUUAGGUCUAAUUUCGUAGUUACUAACAGCCCCACUCUCGGGAGCCCCAACUUUGUGUGCCCCAACGGCAACGUAGGAUCGCCGUUUGGAAGUCAGACUCUGACUCUAAGCGGGCCGACUCUAAGCUCCAGUAGUCUGGCGACCUCGACUUUACAUAGAAGUAAAGGGAAAGGCAAUACGAGAAGAAGAGAACAUGUUUUAGCAGAGAAUUUGCCAGGACCGGAGAGUUGCGUGUAAAAUAUUAAUGUUUACCUAGAGAUCGAUUCAUAAGAGCCGAUGCGGGAUGUAACUGUUAUGUCAAUAUUUUCAUAUAGAAUCCACGUUAGCUCUUAUGAAUUUGUAACGAUGUUUGAUAUUCAACUCCAUUGUAAGUAAUUGCGGAGUUCGUAUUCAUUUACGUGAGAUUAAACCUGUUAUACUCAGAGGUCGUAGGUGCUUUGAGGUUAUACCGAAAAACUGAAUUCUGUAUUAACUUUUUUUAAUGCUAAAAUAAUAUAAAGUCAUAUGUAUAUGUAUAGCCUUUGUCGAUUCAACCCAAAAUUAUUGUUAUUUUUUAUACUAUGACAAGUGUUAAUUACGUAAAAGGAAUAACUUAUUUAUUGUCUUUUUUUAAUUUGGAAUAAACAUAAUCAUAUUUAUUUGAUAUAUUGAUUAUACAAAAGCACCUUAUAUCUUUAUCUGUAAUAAUGAAUAACAUGUAAAAUUUAAAGACAAUAAUGUGUUCCUUUAAAAGACGAUUGUAGCCGUACCUACAUACAAUGUCUGUUAUAGUCUGUGUUUUUGCUAUUUUUAUUUUCUUCACGUUUAUGAAUGCGAACGAAUAAUCGCAUUAAACUGAUUGCCUUUUCUCGUAUGAUCGCUGAUCUCUUUUUGUGCUAAUUAAUAUAAUUUUACGGCCUAAGUAUCGUCUUAGCCUGUCAAAAUACCGAUAAUUCUAAAAUGAUACAUAAUUACUCUAAUCUGGCAAACCCACUUUCUCAGUAGAAUAAGGCGCGGAAUUCUAAUAUUUCUAUGGGAUAUCCCUACGCGCCUACUUUUUUAAAAUUUGCCUCCUUUUUCUACUGACGGAAAUGGCUUGUGAGUCAGUAAGAUUUUUAAGAGAUUACUUUUGAAUAAAAUAUAAUAAAAUUAAUAUUUUCUUAAAAUACGUUACGUAUGUCUAAUCCCGACGAUACAUUUCGUGUGUAUAUGAAAAUUUGAUUUUCGUUCUAAAUAUUUGAGAUGUAUCAAGUAUGUUAGAUUCGGCCUAUACAUUUGUGAGCCAAAGUAGAUGAUUUACGAUUAAUUGUUAGGAGAAAUGUAAAUAAUUAUUGGCGCUUGUAGAGAAUACUAUUUAUUUUAAUAAACUCGGUUGUGUGAAUGUAAAUAACUAAUAGACGAAUAUAACCUAUAUAAAGUUUAACAUAAGAUCAAGCUAUUGCUGUCAAUUUAUUUACAAAUAAAAAUCAAUUUGUAAAUAACCGUCGCUAUGUUAAAUUAGAAUUAAUUUUGUAACUAUAGUAUUUGUAAACGUUUCCAUUUUGCGUUGAUUCUAUUACAUAGAGUUUAACAUUGAAACUGACUUUAUAUGGAUAUGUUGUAGUUGUCGAAUACAAUGAUGUGGUCCUAAUAAUAUGUUCUGGCAUUUUUGUAUAAAUAAAUAACAAUUUAUAAUA